GGGCUGCCGCGGCAGCCACAGCACGGAGGUAGUCGGGGAGGUGGAGGAGCCGGAGAGCCCCAGGAACACACAGGUGUUUCCGAGGAGGAAUCAGAUAGCUGUGAAGGAGAAAAUACACCUCUGAGCUUUUUUCUUUUUAACCUGUGAACACAAUUGCACUGAGAAACAAUCAGAGAGCAAAGAGGAAGAGAUUGGUCAGUCACACCAAGAGACAGCAAAGUUGAAAGUUUUAGUUUUUUCUUUUUCUUUUUCCCCUGUUUCCUUUUCCCCACCGUGUGUCACUACAAUGGUCAGAAAGCCUGUUGUGUCCACCAUCUCCAGUGGAGGUUACCUGCAGGGGACUGUUCACGGGAGGCUGCCUUCCCUGGGGGGCAAGGAGCCCCCCGGGCAGGAGACAGUGGUGCUGAAGAAGAAGAUCACCUUGCUGAGGGGCAUCUCCAUCAUCAUUGGCACCAUCAUUGGCUCGGGAAUCUUCAUCUCUCCCAAGGGUGUGCUGCAGAACACGGGCAGCGUGGGCAUGUCCCUGAUUGUCUGGACAGUCUGUGGAGUCCUGUCCCUGUUUGGAGCCAUGUCCUAUGCUGAACUGGGAACCAGCAUAAAGAAAUCUGGUGGUCAUUACACAUAUAUUCUGGAAGUCUUCGGCCCAUUACCAGCUUUUGUAAGAGUCUGGGUGGAACUGCUCAUAAUCCGCCCUGCAGCCACGGCUGUGAUAUCUCUGGCCUUCGGACGCUACAUUCUGGAGCCGUUUUUUAUUCAAUGUGAAAUUCCUGAACUGGCAAUCAAGCUCAUUACCGCUGUGGGCAUCACUGUAGUGAUGGUCCUCAAUAGCACGAGCGUCAGCUGGAGUGCCCGGAUUCAAAUCUUCCUAACCUUUUGCAAGCUCAUAGCGAUCCUGAUCAUUAUAGUCCCUGGAGUCAUGCAGCUAAUCAAAGGGCAAACACAGCACUUUAAAGAUGCCUUUUCAGGAAGAGAUGCGAGUAUUAUGGGCCUGCCACUGGCGUUUUACUAUGGAAUGUACGCCUAUGCUGGCUGGUUUUAUCUCAACUUUGUUACUGAGGAAGUAGAAAAUCCUGAAAAAACCGUCCCCCUUGCCAUCUGCAUAUCCAUGGCCAUCGUCACCGUGGGCUACGUGCUGACCAACGUGGCUUACUUCACGACCAUCAGCGCCGAGGAGCUCUUGCAGUCCGAGGCGGUGGCCGUAACCUUUGCUGAACGGCUACUGGGAAAUUUCUCCUUAGCGGUUCCGGUCUUCGUCGCCCUCACCUGCUUUGGCUCCAUGAAUGGUGGUGUAUUUGCUGUCUCCAGGUUAUUCUAUGUUGCGUCUCGAGAGGGUCACCUUCCGGAAAUCCUCUCCAUGAUUCAUGUCCGCAAGCACACUCCUCUGCCAGCUGUUAUUGUUUUGUACCCUCUGACAGUCGUGAUGCUCUUCUCCGCCGACCUAUACAGCCUCCUGAACUUCCUCAGCUUUGCCAGAUGGCUUUUCAUUGGGCUGGCGGUGGCCGGGCUGAUUUAUCUCCGCUACAAACGCCCGGAUAUGCAUCGUCCUUUCAAGGUGCCGCUGUUUGUCCCAGCGUUGUUCUCCUUCACGUGUUUCUUCAUGGUCGCCCUUUCGCUUUACUCGGACCCGUUCAGCACGGGGAUUGGCUUCGUCAUCACGCUGACGGGGGUGCCUGCGUACUAUCUUUUCAUCAUAUGGGACAAGAAGCCCAGGUGGUUUAGAAGAAUGUCCGGCAGAAUAACCAGAACAUUACAAAUAAUACUGGAAGUUGUACCAGAAGAAGCUUGUCAUAAAUUAUGAAUUAAUGCAUUUGAAAUCUUGGUAAUCUAUCCUUGGCCGUGUUUCUUCUGCCCAAGGGCUGAAACAAAAUAUGGACGUUCAUUUUAUGAAAACCCAGAGGAUUGCAACUUGGGUGAUGGACUAAAGGAAUCAGUUAUUUCUAUUCAUAUCUUUAAGCAUAUUCAAAGUGGUUCCCAAGAAAUGUAGUUUUAACUCCAUGUAGUUAUAGAAAGCUGAUAUGCAACUGCACCGUGAGUUCCCAUGAUCCUCGAGUCCCGAUACCUGCCUGUUGAGGUAAGGGGAAAAGACUGUGGACUGGCCAAUUACUUCAGUGGUCUUUCUCUGUAACAUGUCACGGUGAAGAACCUUCAAAAACAAAGACUGGGAUGUUUUCUGUAUUUAUGAGUUUUGUAAAAACAACUUUCACAUUGUUGAGAUGACCAUACUGUGAAAAGUAUUUUCUGUUAAUCUUGAGAAAGAAAAAAAAAAGCAUACAUCAUUAUUAUGAACAGAGGAAAGAAAGAAAUUUCUUUUAUGUGGCAUUGCAUUGCUUCCCUGCAGCUGCCAACUUUAGGUAUCACUCCCCUUUUAAGGGGUGAUUCUCAGAGCAUUUUGAACAAAGGACAGAGGGGAUACGCCUACUUUUUAAUGAAUACUUUGAAGAAAAGCUUCUAGGAGCUGUUGCUUAUGGGACAAAUCCAGGAAUUAUGUUUAAGUAAAAACACUUGAGAAUUUAUUAUGUCAGGAUGUUUUUUUCACUUGUCAUCGGGAAGCUCUGAGGUUGGGUUACGUGUUAUUUCUAUAGCAGCCCGUUUGAUCAGGAAGGGAUGUGAGCCCUCUCUUACAGCAAAGCAACAAGCAGUUUGGUAAGCUCCACCGUCGGUUUGAUGAAUAAUUUACCCUGAUAAAUGCAUCUAAAUACGUGCAUUUUCAAGUCUUCAAGUUACAAUAUCAACACAAGACAGAAAUCACCAAGAAAGAAAGUACCCAAAUGUUAUGCCCAACCCUAUACUCGGGUGUCUGCAGUGACAGGUAUUCUGAACAGUUUUUUUAAUUUCAUAGUUAUUUUUACAUGGUGAUGGAUUUUGACAGGUUGUACAUUUCCUUUAUACAUUCUAUAUUCUGUUAAAAUACCUCUUUGGAUAAAACUGUCCAGAUCCAUUAGGAAAAGACGUAUAUUUACAUAAAAAUUGAGGAAGAAAUGUCACUGCUCAAUAAGAUUCACAACCGAUGUUUCUAAAAAUUUUCCACCUCUCUAUCUAGGCUUUGUCAUUAAUUUCCUCACCAUAAUUAUCAUUCUACUCACAGAAGAGAUAACUGAUAAAAAAUUCACUGAAAGAAGUAGAAAUUGUGUACGCAUGUGUAUAUCCAGACGGGUGUUACGCUAGGCUCAGAAAAUAUUGUGCAGUUUUCUACUGAGAGUAGUAUCACGAUGCAAUUUGUUGCCUAUUAUUUACACACGACUAAAAAUAAGUACUUCAUCAUAACCAGAGUGUGUUUCAUCUUUUAAUUUUUUUGUCCAUUUGAAAAUAAGGAUUUUAGAAAGAAUUACACCGAUUAAAAUCAUCAAGAGAAGAUUUAGAGUUUACAGACAGUUGGCCAAAGUAGUAAUGAUAAUUCAUAAUUUGAAGCAAUUCCAAAUUUCAAUUUUUGUUCUUGAUAACAUUUACUAUAAUCUAAGAUUGACAUCUUUUAGCCAGACCUAGUGUUUGGGUCUUCAAGCAAAUUCAUAAAAGGUUUUCUUUUUUCUUUUACCAGAAGGUUUCAAAAUUCGACCUGUGGUCUCUAUCUCCCAUGUCUGUUUGUCCAUCUGCCUUCCCACCAUGUUGUUGCUGGAGGCAAAAAGUAAAUUUCCUUCACAUUCCUAUUUUUUAAUCCAAACCAGAAAAGUCCUCUUGAAUUAUUUUUUGUGUGUGUGUAAGGAUUAAAAAAAGUAAAGUCACGUGGAGAGGUUUGUGUGGUGCUGGGUGAUUCCUGAGGUUGAUGUGCUGAUACCCACAGAGGGCUCCGCAUUUUAUUUAUUAGCUUAUUUUGGGUACUGGCUUCUCUUUCAAUAUAUCAUUGUACAGGCUAAGUAGAAUACAUAUUUAUUAUUUUUCCCAUCAUUAUCAAAAUGAUUUUUCAUUAUUGAAGUUCUAAUACUACUGUAAUACCAUUUAACCAAACAAAAUCAGUCAGUAAGUUUUUAAGAAAGUGAUGAAUAUUAAGUUACACUUUAUUUUGGGGGUGCAUCAUGAUAAGACGCAGGGUUUCUGUCGUCAGAGAGUCAGUGUUUGUCAUUGUUACUCAGGAUGGCAUCGUGUAGAAAUGCCCACCGACUCCGGGCCACACACGCGUGUUAGGCGUGUGCACGCACACGUGUGCUGUCCUACCACCGGAUUCCUGCCAACGCUGCUGGUGCAGACUUAGGGCAGGUGGUCAGGGUGCGUGAGAGGUGCGCGCCAGCAUAUCUGACACUAAAGUAACGAUGUCGAAGCAAAUUUCCAGACUGUCUUAUGUGUCUGGUAAGAUAUUUUCCGCUAUUGCUAUUUGACACUAACAGAAGUUUAACGUGAGUAUAGUUACAUCACUCAACAGAAUUCUUUUCCAAUGGUUAUCAGUCUUCAGGAAACUUUAAUUUAUCUGUUUUUACAUUUAUUUGGAGAUAAAUGGAAUGAUAACUAAGAAAGGGGACAUCUUUGACCUAUAGUUGACCUACUUAUGAUUAGGUAGGUUAUGAAAGGAUGGAAAGCCAAAGAUCAGAGUAGCAGGAAAUGAAACUAGUGUGUGUUUGGAGGUAAUGAUAUUUUGGGUGUCAUUUGUUACGCAGUGUAGUCGGAGAGAUAGUGAAAGUUAAUUGCCUGCUGCGCCAGGGUGGCUAUCUGAACAAGCUCAUGAAACCAAGACUUUGGUGCCUCUCACCUGGGGGCGUGCCCCGUCCAAGGUCUUGGACCUGAUUUCGCAUUAGGGAUUUUGUGUUAGUUUUCGUGAAGAAAGUCAGCAAAAUUAUAUAUACUUCUGGCCCUAUGUAAUCAAAUACCACUUUGAUUGAAGUAAAACAUUUCCAUUACUUUUGCUGUUAGAAAUAAGCUUGGGGUAUAUUUGUGUGUGUGUGUGUAUAUAUACACACACAUACAGUAUAUAGACAGUCCAGCACAAAUAAUACCUCCUUUCUAUGAGCUGGUAAUUUAUAUGAAAUCUUUUAUUAGAGAGUCAUAAGUUUGUCAUUCUGUAACAUAACAAUACCACACUCAAGCACUCCCUAUGACAUUUUAGAUGAAAUGGUCAAAUUGCUGUCCAUCUCGUGCGAGACACUCACCUACCCUCCCAACCUCAUCAAUGGCAUUACUUUUGCUGAACUCUGUAUUUUUUAUUUUUAUUGAUUUAAGAGGGGGUGAGAGAAAGAGAAAAGGAGGGAGGGAGGGAGAGUGGAGAGAGAGAAAAUGGUUUGUCGUCCACUCACUUAUGCAUUCCUUGGUUGCUUCUUGUAUGUACCCCGAUCAGGGAUCCAACCAGCAGCUACCUUGGUGUAUCAGUACGACUCUCUGACCAACUGAGCUACCCAACCAAGGCCAAAAUAUAUUUUUAAAUAAAGUUGUGAAUUAAUUGAAUUAUUUAUAUAUGUGGCUUUUUAAUAAUAUACAUUAAGUAGUAUGUAAGGAGAAAGUUUCACCUUUGACAUUUUUUUGUUAGUUCUGAGUGAUAGAAAAACAAUACAUAGGAUUCUAAUUGUAGUUCUUUUUUUAGGUUGGAAAGAAAUGUAGAGAGAUUUGGGAUUUGAGAGCAGAUGAAAUUUAAUUUUACUUAAUUGUAAUCUUGCUUCAUUUUACCCCAUGAUAUGCCGUGUGUUGAUGCAGAUGAUGUUUACAGAGUUACAUUUGACUUUUCUGACGGAAGUCAGAAUUAAAGCCUGUCAUUAUUUAACUGCCUACAAACUCCUGGUGGCUAUUAACUAGGGUAGAGAAUGAGUCAUUUUGACUGCUUUUGUUUACAUUAUUAAUGUACAGGUAAAAUAAUUAUUGCCCAUAAAUGUUUUUAGGAUAAUUCCUCUUGAAUGGCAUUUUUAAUCUUUCUCAAUAUAACACCUAAAAGUGUGACCUCUAGGUGGUAUUCUUACUGUACUUAAGAGAUAUUUUAACAGUCACUUUUAAGAAAUAACCCUUUCUUCUUUUUGUUGUAUUUUUCAUAGUGGUUUGUGUGAAAAGAGAAAUGCUCAGUCUAGUUUCAGGUUUGAUACACAUACACAAAGGCAUAACACGUGGCCUCCCAGAGAGCGUGCCAGCUUUCCACGUGUGGCGAGGUACUGUUCUCUACAUCCUCCAAGGGUAUUAACGUGAUCUCUUUGAGCCAUUUCUCUGACUUUUGGAAUGAAUCAGUGAUGCCCUUGGUACUAAUUGUUGGCAUUAUGUCUUCAAGAUAGGAGUGAAUUUACACAGUUACCGAUAUUCUCAGAGCGAAAUUACCACUUAGGUUUACCUCCUUGGUAGCCCGCCCCCUGCCCCUCUCUGGUACCAGAGCCUUUAAAUAUCCUUGGGGGAUGGUAAUGGUCCCCAGAUAGUUGUCUGUUACAUGAGUGUUUUUCAGCUGAGUAGACCAAGGACACGUGUAAAACAUCAGUAACCGCCUCAAUGGUUUUGUAGGUGACCAUCCUCUCAAGAAACCGUGGAGCACUAGGCAUGUGAGCACCGUACAAAAAUAGAUGCACUGGUUUGAAAGUGAACAUACUCCCCCCCCCCCCUCAACAUAUACACUACUGAUUUUUUUUAAAAGUAAGACUUUCCAGUGAUUUAAUUUAUUGGUUCAAGACUUGCUCGCUGAAUCCUUAUGACCUCUCAUUGCCACCUCUACAGGCCACUCUGAAAGCUAGAGGAAAAAUAAAAACUAAUGCAGUUAUCUCUUUUGCAGCAGUGAUUAUUUUGAGCACCUUGUGUGACAGGGUAUUUUGCAUAGUAUCUUGUGUAAGUGGGUCUUUGGAUGUUACAGCUGUACCGGUUGGGUUGUGAAGUUAGACCUCACUUACUCCUGUCCAGGCUCCAGCGCAUGCUCUCUGGCGCAUGCUCAGAAGCUCAUUCAUCUCAUAGUGGGAAGCAAUGCAGUGUGGUUCCCUGGGUCCAGGUUAGAACUGUCUGAUUUCAGAGGAUUUCUUAGCUCUUUUUCCCUAGCAUUUCUCCUUCAUUUCAAAUUUCCAUUUACGGACCAAUGUAAUAUGAAAAAUAUUAUAUUUAAGUAGAAAAAUAGUUUGGAGAAAUAAAAUAGAUUGUUUCAAAUGAAUGUAUGCUUAUAGAGAAUUGGCCUACAUCAAACUACUGUGUAUAUUCAUAAUUUUAGACACUACCACAUAGCACUUUUUAAUUGCUCUGGAAGCAAAGAACAAUACAUUUAGUAAUGUUUAUCACACAAACCACAAGAAUCCUCCCAAAAUUUUAAGUAGUCUGGGAUUAUUUUGAUCCUUUCCUUGGAGAAACAUUUAUAAUAACCUAAUAGUUUACCUUUGUGAAUGUUAUUACUACUGCUAUGACUCUGGAACUAAAGUAUUAAUACUUAACAUUUUGAAAACUGGGGUCUUCUUUUUACAUUACUCAUGUUUAGAGAAUUGCAUAUCUCCUUUUGGGCUAUUUGGGGCCAAUGCCUGUGUUCAAAAUGGCUGGUUAUUUUGAAGACAGGUAUUGCCCCCCCCCCCCAUCUCUCUGUCUUCCUAAACUGGUUGCAGCGCACUAGUGAUGAGUUUACAGUGGUACCUCCCAACUGUUUUGAGAAUUGCAAACAUAAACAUCCUGUGUGGUAAGAGUGCAUUGCUUCGUGCCUUGAAAUAGAGUGUCUCUAGGCCAAACCGGGGAACAGACAUGUGGCUGUGUUUCCCUGAUGUUAAAUGCUGGCUCCCUAUGGCUUUGUAGUCAGCUCAAGUCAGAGAAAGGCAAGCCAUGCGGCCGCCUGGACUGAAUGCUGGGAAAACUUAAUUUGUCCUAGUUUUCUGAUAAAGGUUUGACUCAAGAUUUCACAGAGCUAGGUUUUUGCUUAUUGUAGAGUGGAUUAGGUGGUAGUGGUGCACUGGUAGACAUGGUUUUUAGUUACUGACUCAGAAUUCAUCUCAUGAUGAAUCUUUUAUGUUUUUUUAUAGUAAGUAUAUCUGCAUUUACUUUAUGAAAAUGGGUUUAGUGAGCUUUGUGUUAAAAGUUUGACUCGGUCACCAUAACUUCUUUUUCAGUUAUCAAGGGGUAGAACAAUUUGUAUGUGUGUUGAUAUGUUCAUAUUAACAUCUCAUUAGGUACUGUAGAUGAAUGUAUUUAAAUGCCUUUUAUAGUCUGUGUCAAGCAUCCAUAGUUUGCUCCCAUGGAAUCAUUUCAGCCCAGUGGGAAAGCGGUGGUCGGGUCCCUCGGGGGAUUGUGCUGGCAGUUGUCUCUUUGAUCUGUGCUUAAAUGGUAAUUUAUGGGCCAGGUAUACUUCUUAAUGUGGAUCUGGAAUGCCUCUGUUACGACUCUGUACCAUUCCCCUAACUGGGGGGCUUGGGCAGGGAAAUGCUGGAUUUGGCCUGGUGAUCUCAGAUAUGGCAACGGAGAAGUCCAGCUGAGGAGGAGUGAGCCUCAGUUUCCUGAACGGUCCUCAUCUGUGGUGGGUUUCUUCACCUUGGCAUUGUGAUGGUGAAACAUGGUAAAGGGGAUCGUGCACAUUUUAUACAAAUUUUACACGUCUUGUAUAGGUAAAUUCUUAAAAAGCAAAACUCCUUUCCUGCACCUACAUCCCAGUCAAAUUGGGAAUACAAAGAUAUGUAACAGUGAGAAUAUAAAGGGUGCAGAGGGACUUUCAUUUGUGGAUUGUGUUGCAUUUCUUAGGGUUCACUGGCAUCGAUGCCUGUACCAGCAUGUGUCGUGUGAAAUAAAAUGGAUUUUUCUGCAGCUUAAUGAUUUCCUUCUGGGGAGAGUUCUGGUGCAGAAAUCACGCUGCCAGAUGGUGUUUAUGGGCUAUUUGUGUAAGUGGUAAGAUACUAUGAAAUAAGUGUGAUUUCAUCUGGUGGAAACUCUCAAUGCAUAUGUUUUUUGUAUGGAAUACAUUUUGGUGCAAUAUGAUGUCACUCAGUUUUGCAUUGAAUUUAAUUUCAUUGUGUUAAUGUGUAUGUAUACUUGUCAUGCUUCUA